AAGAUCAAGCUCUGGAUUAUGUGCAACUGCUAGUAUGAACUACGAGAAUACGGAGUGGCUAUUUUUAUACCUGACGACGGUCUCUCGCCGUCGUCAUCCUCCAUAACUUCUAAGUUCUGCCUGGAGACGGUCCCUGAGUUCUGCCCUGCCGAUCCGAUCUCCGCGUUUCGCCCUCGCAGUUCUGGAACUCCUCCUGACCUUGCAUCCAUCCAGAUCUUCAGAUCAAAAACACAUGAAACAAUCAGAUACCAUCGCGACAAGCUCAUUGUGAGCGUGCUAACUAUACGAGAUGGAGCCAUCACAGCAGAACCAGAGAAGUGAUCGGCCAGGCACUCCACCCCGCCCGCCAUACUCCCCCGUCACACCGGUUCUCGCGCAUAUCGCGCCUGUUCAAGGUUCAGCAUCGAUUGUUCCUCCUGAUAAUGCAAUUUCGCCCACGAAUACGAGGUUCAGUUUUAAUCAGGAUAUCCCGCCUGGCUACGGGGGUGGCGCAGCCUCUUCAUCCCGCCCACCUACGUUUGUGCCAGAGCCGGCGCCUGUGCCUAUAUCAGAGAGUGAGAACCCGGAUGCUAUUGCACUGCGGUCAGCUCUCACGGUCCUUCAACUGCAGAAACAGCAAAGUGUUCGAGACAUCCGUGCGCUGGAACAGAUAAAGAGAGCGGCUGGGGCGGAUCCGGAAGGCUUCGCGAGAGAGCUCGCAGCUGGUAAUCUAGUAUCCAAGGGACCAUCAGAGAGCAUCAUCAGUUUCACGGAUGAUGACGAUGAUGGUAAUGAGACAUCAGAAGCAGCAAAAGAUCAAAGUGACAAGAAAAGAUCCAACUUUGGAAAGAUCCCUCCGCCACAAAAUGUGGUCCGUAUGCCUCCGAUCAACUGGGCCAAGUACCAGAUCGUCGGGGAACCACUCGACAAACUCCACGAAGAGCAGCAGCGCCGUCCAUCUCCGGGAGAACCUAGACGAGAAGAGCCCGUACAAAGAGCUCCAGAGCAUGUGCUGGCAGCCCCUUACAGACCUUUGGUCGAUAAAAUAGAAACACCUGCCAAAGUACGCGCUGGUAGCAAAGCAAAAAAGACAUGAAUGAGACUGGAGAUUCACAUUUCUUAACUCAAACUAAUAGGAGGAAUCAUCUCGGUAAAAUCAUCUUGUGGCACAGCCAAAUCAUCGUUCGUCAGUCAUCAGUCGUCGCUUCGUCCUACGAGGACGGUUGUCAAAUCUCAAAUCAUGGACACAAGGGCUUCCAAGCUCCGGAUCCUAAGUUCUAGAAUCAACCUCAUACCACAUCUGCCAGUCCAGUCUUAUUUCCUGUCCACAUCGCAUGUGGUUUAUCCAAACAUGACUCUCUGAAGCCUCUCGUGGGCCUUCACAACUUUCUCAAAGUCCGACGCAUGUUCAUCUCC